GUAGUUCCUCUGUCGGACGGAAGCCGGGACGGAACAGCAGCGGGAUGUGGCACGGAAUAUUGGUGAGGGGGACCCGGGUGGCCGCAGGCAGGUGCCCGGCGUUGGGGCCUCGCCUCGCCGCUCGCUUCCGCACACAGCGGACGCCCGAGACGAGCCUGGCCCUGCAGCGGAGCUUGCACAUGACGGCGGCCCGGGCUAUCCCGCUCAUUCCCAUCGUGGUGGAGCAGACGGGUCGCGGCGAGCGCGCCUAUGACAUCUACUCGCGGCUCCUGCGGGAGCGCAUCGUGUGUGUCAUGGGUCCGAUCGAUGACAGUGUGGCCAGCCUGGUUAUCGCUCAGCUGCUGUUCCUGCAGUCCGAGAGCAACAAGAAGCCCAUCCACAUGUACAUCAACAGCCCUGGUGGCAUGGUGACCUCAGGCCUGGCCAUCUACGACACGAUGCAGUACAUCUUGAACCCCAUCUGCACAUGGUGUGUGGGCCAGGCCGCCAGCAUGGGCUCCCUGCUUCUCGCCGCAGGCACCCCGGGCAUGCGCCACUCACUCCCCAACUCACGCAUCAUGAUCCACCAGCCCUCUGGGGGCGCCAGGGGCCAAGCCACAGACAUCGCCAUUCAGGCAGAGGAGAUCAUGAAACUCAAAAAGCAGCUUUACAGCAUCUAUGCCAAGCACACCAAACAGAGCCUGCAGGUGAUUGAGUCGGCUAUGGAGAGAGACCGCUACAUGAGCCCCAUGGAGGCCCAGGAGUUUGGCAUCCUAGACAAGGUUCUAGUGCACCCACCUCAGGAUGGUGAGGAUGAGCCUGAGCUAGUGCAGAAGGAGCCUGUGGCAGCGGCAACAGCGGCAGAACCUGCCCCAGUGAGCACCUGAGUGGACCUACCCUCCAGAGGAAAGUUGAGGGCCAGAAGCUAUGGCUGCUACUCUGCUGGCCUCUUGCUGCUGGGCCUGGAGGAGCCCCCUGAGGACCUUUGGACUUGGGGAUGCCCCUGAUGGCGGGUGUCCUCGGGUGUCCUUGCUGAGACACUGUGAUUUUAAAUUAAAUCUUUGUAGUUUUUGCUGCCCUUCUGUGGCUCCUUCCUUCUCAGCUCCACCACCGCACAUGCGUAUACACUUCCUUCUGCUUUGCCCGUGAUCCUGAGGCUCUGAUCUUCAGCUCCUUAACUUCAACCACCUCAACUGAGCAUAUACACGAUUCCAGGCACUGCUCUACAGGCCGUGACACAUCGUGAAGAAAACAUAAAAAUCACUGUCCUCAAAGAACCUUUUGUUUUUAGGGAGAGGGGAAGGGAAGGAGGAAGAGAGGGAGAGAAACAUUGAUGUGGGAGAAACAUGGAUUGGUCACCUCUCACACGCUCCAACUGGGAACCUAGCCCGCAACCCAGGCAUGUUAUUGGCCU